GAAGAAUAUGUGACAUAUAAAACAAGGAAAAAUACUCACCUAUUUUCUCCGGUUAUCUCCAUUCUCAACAAAAUACGCAUUAAUAAACCUUCACCUUAUAAAACGUGUUUAUCAUGCUUUCACCUUUUCAGUUUUCACAGCCUCGUCGUAUUUUCAAUCCGCUGACUCUAUCGUCUUCAUCUUUCUUGCAUAAUCGUUUGCUGCCAACAAAAUGGAGAUUCAAAGGAUUUCUGUUUUGGCAAUAACCUUAUCCUUCAUCGUUUGGGUGGUUUUGAUUUUGCAAAAAAUCGAGUGCAGAGAUUUAGAAUCGCCUAAGUACACAGUGGUGCACUCAGAAUCUGAUUUUGAGAUUAGGUUUUACAGAGAAACCGUUUGGAUGUCUGCGCCUUCCGAUGAGAUUUCGUUUGAGAAAGCCACAAAAGAUGGAUUCCACAGCAUCGUCCCUGGAGCCGGGCCCCUCCACUCGUCUGCCUACUUUGUCGGGCACUACUUGCCCGUCAAGUUCCAGGCGGGCCCACCUGUCCCGCUUCCCGAACUCCACCUCAAGCCCGAUCAAUGGAAAAGCCACUGCAUUGCAGUUCGAAAGUUUUCAGGAUUUGCAAGGGAUAACAAUAUCGUGAAGGAGGCUGAGAAGUUGGCCGUGAGCUUGAGCAAUGGGUACGCGUACUCCAUUGCGCAGUAUAAUUUCCCUUUCAAGUUUAUCGGGCGUGUUAACGAGGUAUGGGUGGAUGUUAAUGGGUCGGAGAAAGAUGGAUGUAAAUCGAAUCUCUUGGCUGCCUAUUGA